AUGGGCCAGGACCAGACCAAGCAGCAGAUCGAGAAAGGCCUGAAGCUCUACCAGUCCAACCAGACGGACCGAGCUCUGCACGUGUGGACCAGGGUCCUGGAGAAGACCUCAGAUCCUGGAGGAAAGUUCCGGGUCCUGGGCUGUCUGAUCACGGCUCACUCUGAGAUGGGCAAAUACAAAGACAUGCUGAAGUACGCCCUGGAGCAGAUCGACACGGCUCGGGAGAUGGAGGACCCGGACUACCUGACGGAGGGCUACCUGAACCUGGCGCGCAGCAACGAGAAGCUGUGCGACUUCCAGAAGACCGUGUCCUACUGUAAGACCUGCCUCAACAUGCAGGGCACCACCGUCAGUCUGCAGCUCAACGGCCAGGUGUGUCUGAGCAUGGGCAACGCCUUCCUGGGCCUCAGCGUCUUCCAGAAGGCCCUGGAGAGCUACGAGAAGGCGCUACGCUACGCCCACAACAACGACGACAAGAUGCUGGAGUGUAGGGUCUGCUGCAGCCUGGGCAACAUCUACAUCCACCUCAAGGACUAUGAGAAGGCCCUGUUCUUCCCGUGUAAAGCGGCGGAGCUGGUGAACGACUACGGCAAAAGCUGGAGCCUGAAGUACCGCGCCAUGAGCCAGUACCACAUGUCUGUGGCCUACAGGAAGCUGCAGCGGCUGCCGGACGCCAUGGAGUGUUGUGAGGAGUCCAUGAAGAUCGCUCUGCAGCACGGAGAUCGCCCCCUACAGGCGCUGUGUCUGCUCAACUUCGCAGACAUCCACCGCUGCAGACAAGACGUGGACAAAGCAUUCCCUCGGUACGAGUCGGCUCUGGGGAUCAUGACGGAGAUCGGGAACCGUCUGGGACAAGUCCACGUGUACCUGGGAGUCGGGAAGUGCUGGCUGCUGCAGAAGGACUACGACAAGGCUCUGGAUUCUCUGCAGCGAGCGCAGGAGCUGGCAGACGCCCUCGGAAACAAGCUCUGUGCCCUGAAGGUCCACUGUCUGAGUGAGAGCAUCCACCGCAGCAGGGGGCAGCAGAGCGAGCUCCGGGAGCAGGUGGUGAAGUUCCUGCAGUGUGUGGAGGAGCUGGAGCUGUACUGCGGCAUGUGCGGAGAGAGCAUCGGGGACAGGGACCAGAAGCUACAAGCCCUGCCCUGCUCUCACAUCUUCCACCUGAAGUGUCUGGAGACCAACGGGACAAAGGGCUGCCCCAAGUGUUUCAAGUCGUCCAUAAAACCCGGGUUUGUGUGA